CUCAAGAAAAACACACAACGCGCUCAGUCAAAAUCGUGGGAUGAUAAGGACUAGUACCACUUUUACUUUCGGAGAGCGGUUACCAGUUGAGACCGUUGCUCGGCGUCGUCGGGUUUCCCCCCUGCUCGCGCAUUGCUGGGAGACAGGCUGAUUCCGAGUCACAUGACACGGCCGGAGGCUGAGAUUGAGAGAAAAGCGCUUCAGUAUAGCUCACACCGCCAUACUGUAUUUUAUACCGUAUCUCAUUUUUAUUGCAACGUUUUACUCCCGCUCGGUGAGUACAUUUCCAAUGGCAUUUUUGUAACCAUUUUUUGUCUUUUGAAUUAUUUUUAAUUUUUUAUUUUUCCUCCUUUUGCUGGUAUUAAGGGAUGAGAAUUGAAGUGAUGGUUUUUAGCGUUUUUUAAAAAAGAAAUCCAGGCUCCAAGUUUUUAGCAUGCAGUGAUUCUGAAUCGUGGGGGCUCAGUGCUGGGUGACUGGGUAGCGGCAGGAACUGGAAAUUACGUGCUCGCAGUCCUGUAAGAUAAUGCGAAUGGUUUUUAACCAAGCGGUUGGCAGUUAAAUAUUUUUAAAGCAUGUCUACUUGUGGUUUUUAAAACAUUUUUCUUUUUCGUUUUCUCUGUCGUUCUGACUUUUGAUGUAUCUAUGCUUUGCUUUGUAUUUUGCGGUGUUGUUUCACAGAGUUUUCUCAUUUUGCAAGCUCGGGUGCGUGUCGCCGAGCAAGCAUCUCCUUUUAUUUUGUUCCUCUUUUCUUUAAGGGAAUCCUUUUUUAAAAAAUAAACCUGGUGACAUUUAACGUGAACCAUAUCUUGCAGCUUACUGAUCACAGGUUUGUUUCUUUUUUUUUGUUUUUCUAUCAUUUUUACAAUUUCUUAUACUUUUGCUGAAUUGAGUAUCGCAUAUUUUUGGAUAUUAUAAUUUUUGAAAUAGUUGUUGCGAAUCAGUGGAUGUGGCGAUGAAGUGGUUCUUGAGGGGGAAAAACAGAUCUAUGCGUUUUUGGUUUCCUUGUCAAAGAAGAGGCACAGCCUGUUCCCCCUUCUCAGGAAGGCCUCCGGAGGAGAAUGACCGGGAAGAGUCAGACCAGCAACGUGACCAACAAGAACGACCCCAGGUCGCUCAACUCCCGAGUCUUCAUCGGCAACCUCAACACGGCCAUCGUCAAGAAGACGGACAUCGAGGUCAUCUUCGCCAAGUACGGCAAGAUCGUGGGCUGCUCCGUGCACAAGGGCUUCGCCUUCGUCCAGUACAUGAGCGAGAGGAACGCGCGCGCCGCCGUCUCCGGGGAGAACGCCCGCAUCAUCGCCGGGCAACCGCUGGAUAUCAACAUGGCGGGCGAACCGAAGCCAUACAGACCCAAGGCCGGAUCCAAACGACCAAUUUCUGCUGUUUACAGCGGCUAUGAGUUCGAUUAUGACUACUACAGGGAUGACUUCUACAACCGGCUGUUUGACUACCAUGGCCGCGUGGCCCCCCCUCCGCGGGCCGCCAUCCCGCUGAAGCGCUCCCAGGUGGUGGUGCCCUCCACGCGCCGGGGCAAGACCUUCCCUGUCAAGAGCUCCUCCUCUUCCUCCAGACUGGCCACCUCCAGCUCCUCCUCCUCCUCCUCUGGGCCCAAAUUGAGGACCGACCAGCUCCAGACGAUCAAGCGCGAGCUGACGCAGAUCAAAACCAAGAUCGACUCGCUCCUAGGGCGGCUGGAGAAGAUCGAGAAACAGCAGCGAAUAGAGGCCGAGGCUCAGAGGAAGUAUGAGGACCCUUGCGAGUCGCUGCACGAGGAGUCCGUAUCAGAAACGGCGGAGAACUCGGCCGAGGAGGCGGGGGAGGGGGGCGUGGACACUGAGGCCGGGGAGAUGACCGACGGGGGCGAGGAUGACUACGACGAAGAAGGCAGCAACGACCUGGUGAUGAGACGAUAGAGAACCACGUUUCAGACAUUGAUAAUUGAAGCAAAACAGGUGCAGAAGGAGAGCUACCCACAAGGCUGUUUGAGAAGGCAUCGGCACCCCCCCCCCCCCUAGUGGGAGGGGUUCCUUGAGAGGAUAGAGGAAGAGAGGAAGAGGGGGGUAGAGGAAUAAUAACAAAAAAAUUUUGAGAACAUGGCUGCCAUGUCUUCUCUUCCUGCGAGGACAUUUCCACCCCCGGUUCUGCGGCUGUGUUGAAAAAGAACUGUCUUACGCUCUUUAGAUUCGAACGUCUCCUUAAACCCCGCCUCCUCUGCAGUCCUUGGGUAUUCAUUUGUACAUUCAAAGAAAAAAAAAAGUGAAAAAAAAUAAAUAAAUAAAAUUCUAAUAAAAUGUGUUAAUUUGUUUGUAUUUACAAUAAAAAAACAAGCAAACAAACAAAAAAAAGAGGAUUUUAAAACAAUGUGUAUAAAGCCGCUUCACAUAAAGCUGCCAUUGUGUGCUUUCCAGCACGUUCCGCGGAAGGUCUGUGCUACACUUUGCGUCCCAUAAUGCCGUUGUGACGUUGCUCUUUUUCUCACGCAGGGAUUUAUGACAUGCAGUAUUCUCCCCUCCGCCUUCUGCUUUCCGGCUUUUAUUUCCGUUUGUUUUUCUGUUCUUGUUUUUAUUUUCAUGUCCUCAUUACGUUGAUAGUAAAUGAAAUCACUUUGCUUUUUUUGUAAAUAAAAAGGCACCUUAAUGUAGAGAGAUGUUUUUUUUUUUUAAAUUUAUUUAUUUAUUUAUUUUUUAACAUAUAUAUAUAUAAAUUGCACCAUUUUAAAAGGGUACAAAGGAUGGGAACAUAUGGGUACUGAACAAAACCAAGCAAAAAAAAAAGACAACUUUUUUUAUCCCCCUAUGUAUCACAACUAAGGCUGUAAGUCUUAGCAUUAGCAUUACUUCAUCAGGUUUAUCCCUUAUUCUUCACCGGCUAAUAGCUGUGCUGUUUCAAAUCAUACCAAACACUUUAAGAGAUAACCUCCAACACCUGCAGCCCCCCCCCCCCCCCAUUUCUCUCUCUCCCUCUCUCUCUCUUUCUCUCUGUCUCUCUCUCUCUCUCUCUCACACACACUCAGACCUCAUGCUGGACAGUGAGAACUCACUGCUGUCGAUCUUAUUUUCAGUCUUUUCUCAUCGCAAGGCUUCUCUGGAAGACACACUAAAUGCACCCUGUUUCCGACCACAAUGCUGCAAACCUGCUGUUUACUUUACAUUAUCAAAUUAUAUGUUUAAUUGAAGGUGAUGUGAUUCAUUCUUACCUACACUAAUUAUUAUUAUUAUUAUUUAUUUAUUUAUUUUAUUUUUUUGUUAUUUUGAAAUGUAAAUGUAAAUUUAGCAUUAUGCAAACCACAGUGAGUCCGCAGGCUUAUAUGUACUGUGGAGCAUAAUGAGUUCGAUGAGUCUGAAUGAAUUAGCAUCUAAUAGAGUUUUCGUUCUCAAAAAGGGAAUGGAUUUACUGGAAACCAUCAGUGUACUAAACUGCCUCGUUAGUUUAUUUUCAUUUUUAUUUUUUACCUUCGUUGCAGUCAUUCUACUGACAGAUUAAGAUAAUGAUGCAUAUUGAGCUCAAUCUAUUUUUGUAAAACAAAUACUUCACUCUCCCUUAGAGAAAGUAUUCAUAAAUGUUGAGUUUUUGCUGUUGUUGUUGUUGUUGUUGUUGAUUAAAUUUCCUUCUCCAAUAAAUUAUGGGAUAUAAGUAUUUUCUGAAGUGCUACAGACUACUAGUCAAUCUGAAAAUGACCAAACUUGAAAUGAUCCAAUUUAGAUAAGGUAAACCAUCAUUGUUUCUGAUGAGCCCAAAUGAAGAUAAUUGCAUUUCUAAAAAAUAAGCUAUAUAUACACCUUUUUUGUAAAACUAUUUUUAUGAUGAGCAUGUUUGUUGUUCAGAUGUAUCUAUUUAUAUUUUAUUGUUGCAAAUGUUGUAUGGCUAUAGGCUCCAUUUCAUUUAAACAAGAGAUAAUAAUCUGCACUGUACAUACAAUAUAGUUUUUGUUUGUUUGUUUGUUUGUUUUUUCCAUUCUUCGGUCAAACAAAUCUAAUUUUUGUGUCUAUUUCUUGGAAUAAAUUACCCACAAAACCAA